CCUCGAUUCGGCAGCAGCAGCUCAAGUUGUUGGAGAGCUGAAUCUUUGCUCCUUCGGGGUUUUUUUUUGUUUUGUUUUGUCUCUUCUUUUAAAAUCUAAGACCGGAGGCCGAUUCUCCCUCCAGCUCAGAAUGAACCUUGCAGUGCUUGUUUUUGCCUCCGUGGCCACUGUGACCACCUUUGCCCUUGACAAUGGACUGAUGAGGACCCCUCCGAUGGGCUGGUUGGCGUGGGAGCGGUACCGCUGUGACACCGACUGUGAUAAUGAUCCCAAGAACUGCAUAAGUGAGAACCUGUUCAUUGACAUGGCAGACAGACUCGCUGAGGACGGCUGGAGGGAACUCGGCUACGUCUACGUGAACAUCGAUGACUGCUGGUCCCUGAGGGACAGAGACCAGAAGGGACGGCUGCAGGCCGACCCGAAGAGGUUUCCUGGGGGAAUCAAACAUUUGUCACGCUACAUGCAUGACAGGGGUCUCAAACUGGGUAUCUACGGUGACAUGGGCACUCACACUUGCAUGGGCUACCCCGGCACCCCGGUGGACAAGAUAUAUUUAGACGCUUUGACAUUCGCAGAAUGGGAAGUGGACAUGCUUAAAUUUGAUGGCUGUUAUUCCAACGCUACAGAUCAGGCAGAGGGUUAUCCUCUCAUGUCAAAGGCUUUAAACUCUACAGGUCGACCCAUCGCCUACUCCUGCAGCUGGCCUGCCUACCAGGGCGGCCUGCCACCAAAGGUAAAUUACACUCAGCUGGGUGAGAUCUGUAACCUGUGGCGUAACUAUGGCGACAUCCAGGACUCUUGGAGCAGCGUGCUGAUGAUUAUUGACUGGGUUUUCGCAAACCAGGAUACCCUGACCCCUGCAGCGGGACCUGGAAAGUGGAACGAUCCUGACAUGCUGAUAGUUGGUGACUUUGGCCUCAGCUUGGAACAGUCUCGCAGUCAGAUGGCUCUGUGGGCCAUCAUGGCUGCUCCUCUUUUCAUGUCCACCGACCUUCGCGUCAUCAGCGGCGAGGCCCGGAGCAUCCUGCAGAACAAAAUGAUCAUCAGCAUCAACCAGGAUCCGUUGGGCAUCCAGGGAAGAUGCAUUUUGAAGGAGAAGAGUGGCAUUGAUGUGUACUGGCGCUCCCUGUCAAAGAAUGCCAGCGCUUUAGUUUUCUUCAGCCGCCGUACCGACAUGCCUUAUCGCUACAAGACUUCCCUCCAAAAACUCAACUACACUGCCGGCAGCUACAAGAUCCACAAUGUUUACACUGAUGAGACCGAUGUGCUGACUGACUCCACGAUGUUCGAUGUGUCAGUGAACCCCACAGGCGUGGUCAUGUGGUAUGUUUCUGCACCUGCAAAACUACCGUUCCACCACUUUAACAGAGGAGCCAAACUCCGCGGCCCUGCCCACCAUCCAGAGGAAAACGGCGUUCCUCAGGGCUUCCUUUGAUCAUUCAUUGUCUUUUAAUUGUUUUAGCCUGACUAGAAAUGCUCUUAUGGGGUUUAUUUUGAUCAAAACACACACCAUCUGCCUUCUCGAAGAAUUUAUUUUACUACCUCAAAAUGAAUAUGCUCUUUACCAAAGUAAUGGAACUACAGCCACAUAUCACAAUGAUUUUUAUUCUG